AACCCCACAACGCAGUGUGGCAGCCUUUAAUCUACUGUCACCUUUAUUACGGUUGCCAAACCCGUCUCAUCUCCACUUUCUCCUCAACAACAGAGCCUUCCUGCCUGUCGAAGUGUUCUUACAAGAUCUCCGCCAUUGUUUUCCUAGAAUUCUGCUGAACUCCAGGACGGAUCUUACUUUCAUGGAAGCCAGCUUGUGGUUUCCUCUCAAGGCUAGGAGCGCUCCGUCGGUUCUUGUACCUCGUGACUUUUGAGAAACAAAAGAGCUUUGUAGUUGGUUGAAUUUUGAGGUUUUUCUUCCUGCGUAUUUGCUGAUACGUUCAUGGAAGAAACAUCCAGUUUCUGUCUUUUUCUCCGUACUUCUCCUUGAGUAUUUUCAACGUUUGGCUUUAUCUGCACAUUCUAGAUUCACGGAAAUAAGAGAAAGCUACAAUUUGAUUCUUCAGUUAUGUUAAAUACAAGAAAAAUUGAUCAGCUGACCCUUCAGUGCUUGGGUGUUUGCGAAGAUUCCUGAACUUUCUUGAUAUACCAUCGUCGCCAAGAUGGGAGAUGGUGAAGAUUACCUCUUCAAGGUAGUGAUAAUUGGAGACUCAGCUGUUGGGAAAUCGAAUUUGAUGUCCAGGUAUGUGAGAAACGAAUUCGAUGCGAAUUCAAAGGCAACGAUCGGAGUGGAGUUUCAGACGCAGAGCAUGGAGAUUGACGGUAAGGAGGUGAAGGCUCAGAUAUGGGACACUGCCGGUCAGGAGAGGUUCAGAGCUCUCACAUCUGCAUACUACCGGGGAGCUGCAGGUGCUCUUGUCGUCUAUGAUAUCAGCAGAAGGAGUACAUUUGAAUCAAUUGAAAGAUGGCUAGAUGAGCUUAGAAACCAUACGGAUACGACUGUGGUGAGGAUGCUGGUGGGGAACAAGUCUGAUUUGGCCAACAUCAGGGAUGUAACUGUUGAAGAAGGAAAGAGUCUUGCUGAAUCAGAGGGGUUGUUCUUCCUGGAGACAUCUGCAUUGGAUUCGACAAACGUGAAGACCGCCUUUGAGAUCGUGAUCCGGGAUAUUUACAGCAAUAUCAGCCGGAAAAACUUGAGCUCUGAUUCGUACAAAGCACAAGUGUCUUUAAAGGGAAUAAGCCUUGUCAGCCAUGGCAGUGAUGGAUCCAAUACCCACCAGACUGCAAACAGCUUGUCUUGCUGUUAAAAUCACUUUACUAGUAGUACUGAAAGAAAAGGGGCUGAAAGUUCUUAGUUCUUGAGUUGAGAACAGAAGUUUUCUUCCAUUGGUUCAGUUGAUUCUCGUUGUCUGUGGAAAAUUUGUACUCUAUGGAACGUUGUUACAGUAAAAUCUAGUUUCUGCUUCAAAGCAAAGGCAUGUACAAUACAAUCUCUGUGGUUUGAAUAAGAGAAAAAUACAAAAUAUUCUUGUGUA